GCCGGACCGGCCGGUGCAGGUGGACCCGGCGCUGUCGGUGGGGCGGGCGUGAGGCGUGACCGGGGGCACAAGGGCGUCCCGGCUCCUUGGCACGGAGGGGAGAGGGCAGGAAAUAAACGAGGAUGUGAGGAAGGAUAAAUCCUCGCUCAAACGCAGAGCGAGCUCCCCUCACGCUGUUCGUAGGACCGCGAGUGGCAGGGUGAGGCACCUGAGAAGAAGGAGAACUAAAUUCUGAUGAUCAUCUUGACACUGUUGCUGUCACCUGUGUUGACAGGAUAAAAACCUUUACCAUGCCUCGUAGCCCUACAUCAAGUGAAGAUGAGAUGGCACAAAGCUUCUCUGACUACUCUGUUGAGUCUGAAUCAGACAGCUCCAAGGAAGAAACUAUUUAUGACACAAUCAGAGCAACUGCAGAAAAGCCCAGCAGCAGAAUGGAAGACAGUCAGAGCAACACUUUAGUGAUCCGAAUUAUCAUUCCUGACCUGCAGCAAACGAAGUGCAUUCGAUUUAACCCCGAAGCUUCAGUGUGGGUUGCCAAGCAGCGGAUUUUGUGCACUCUGAACCAGAGUUUGAAAGAUGUCCUGAAUUAUGGACUGUUCCAGCCUGCCAGCAAUGGGAGAGAUGGGAAGUUCUUGGAUGAGGAGCGACUUCUGAGGGAGUACCCACAGCCAGUCAACAAAGGAGUUCCUUCACUCGAGUUUCGCUACAAGAAAAGAGUGUACAAACAGUUCAACCUCGAUGAAAAGCAGCUGGCCAAGCUUCACACCAAGGCCAAUUUGAAAAAGUUCAUGGAUCAUGUCCACCAUCUCUCUGUGGAAAAAAUGACCAAGAUGUUGGACCGAGGACUGGACCCAAACUAUCAUGACCUAGAAAGUGGAGAAACACCCCUAACCUUGGCAGCUCAGCUUGACAAUACAGUAGAAGUGAUAAAAGCCCUGAGAAAUGGAGGAGCACAUUUGGACUUCAGAGCCAAAGAUGGAAUGACAGCUCUGCACAAAGCAGCUAGAGCCAAGAACCAAGUAGCUCUCAAGACCCUUUUAGAGCUGGGAGCAUCUCCCAACUACAAGGACAGCUGUGGCCUGACCCCGCUGUACCACACGGCCGUGGUGGGAGGGGACCCUUUCUGCUGCGAGCUCUUACUCCAUGAACAUGCCACAGUCAGCUGCAAGGACGAAAAUGGGUGGCAAGAAAUCCAUCAGGCCUGCAGGUACGGCCACGUGCAGCACCUGGAGCACCUCCUGUUCUACGGGGCCGACAUGUGCGCGCAGAACGCCUCGGGGAACACGGCCCUGCACAUCUGUGCCCUCUACAACCAGGAGAGCUGUGCAAGGGUGCUGCUCUUCAGGGGAGCCAACAAGGAGAUCAAGAACUACAACAGCCAGUCUCCAUUUCAGGUGGCUAUAAUAGCGGGGAAUUUUGAGCUUGCUGAAUACAUCAAGAACCACAGGGAAGCUGAUAUCGUGCCCUUUAGGGAGGCUCCCACCUACUCCAACAGGAGGAGGAGGCCUCCCAACACCUUGGCAGCCCCCCGGAUCCUGCUCCGCUCCAACAGCGACAACAACCUGAACAUCAACAACCUCCCCGAGUGGUCAGCCUCCUCCUCGGCCUCUUCACACCGCAGCCUUUCCCCUCACCUGCUCCAACAGAUGCAGAAUAAUCCCAAUGGAACUGUAAAAACCGUGGGCAGUUACACUCCGUCCUCCCGGAGCCGCUCGCCGUCCCUCAACAGGCUGGGAGACGAUGCCAAGAGGCAGCAGCACAGGCACAUCAGUGCCGUUUACAGUCCCAGUGCCAACAAGGAUUCUCUGUCUGCCUUGGAUUAUCAGGGUCCCAAAAGGAAACUCUACAGUGCUGUCCCUGGGAGACUUUUUAUCGUUGUAAAGCCAUAUCAGCCUCAAGGGGAAGGGGAAAUCCACCUGCACAAAGGAGACAGAGUCAAAGUGCUGAGCGUCGGCGAGGGCGGCUUCUGGGAAGGCAGCGCGCGCGGACACGUCGGCUGGUUUCCCGCAGAGUGCGUGGAGGAGGUGCAGUGCAAACCCAGCGAGGGCAAACCAGAAACACGAAUAGAUAGAACAAAGAAGCUGUUUAGACACUACACGGUUGGAUCCUACGACAGCUUUGAUGCUUCAAGUGACUGCAUAAUAGAAGAAAAGGCAGUGGUCCUGCAGAAAAAAGACAAUGAAGGAUUUGGAUUUGUGCUCAGAGGGGCAAAAGCUGACACACCAAUUGAAGAAUUCACCCCAACUCCAGCCUUUCCUGCUUUGCAGUACUUGGAAUCUGUGGAUGAAGGGGGAGUAGCAUGGCAAGCUGGCCUGAGAACUGGAGACUUUUUGAUCGAGGUUAAUAAUGAGAAUGUAGUGAAAGUUGGCCACAGGCAGGUGGUGAACAUGAUUCGACAGGGGGGCAAUCACCUCGUGCUGAAGGUUGUCACAGUAACCAGGAAUCUUGAUCCAGAUGACACUGCAAGGAAGAAAGCCCCGCCGCCUCCUAAGCGAGCUCCAACCACUGCACUGACCCUGCGGUCUAAGUCCAUGACCUCAGAGCUUGAAGAGCUUGAUAAGGUGGAUGAAAUAGUGCCAGUUUCCAAGCCAUCAAGAAUUGCAGACAAUGCAACUGUGGACUCCAGAGUGGCAACUAUAAAACAGCGGCCUUCUAGUAGAUGUUUUCCCUCAGCUACAGAUAUGAAUUCCAUGUAUGAGAGACAGGGUAUUGCUGUGAUGACACCCACUGUCCCAGGGAGCCCUCAAGGUCCUUUUCUGGGUAUACCUCGGGGUACAAUGAGAAGACAAAAAUCCAUAGGAAUAACAGAGGAAGAGCGGCAGUUUCUGGCCCCUCCCAUGCUGAAGUUCACCAGGAGUCUUUCGAUGCCUGACACCUCUGAAGAUAUCCCACCACCACCACAGUCCUUACCUCCCUCACCGCCGCCACCUUCUCCCUCUCUGUACAACUCCCCCAAAUCCCUGACGUCCCGGAGCUACGGGACGAUCAAACCUCCGUUUAACCAGAAUUCAGGUGCAAAAAUCUCUCUGGUCCGGCCCGAGAGCGUGGGGACGAUGAUAAGGGACAAAGGGAUCUAUUACCGGCGGGAGCUGGACCGGUACUCGCUGGACUCGGAAGACCUGUACAACCGGAGUGCCGCGGCUCAGGCGAACUUCAGGAGCAAGAGGGGCCAGAUGCCCGAGAACCCCUACUCCGAGGUGGGGAAGAUCGCCAGCAAGGCGGUUUACGUGCCGGCCAAGCCAGCCAGGCGGAAGGGGAUGCUGGUGAAACAAUCCAACGUGGAGGACAGUCCGGAAAAGACCUGCUCCAUUCCAAUCCCAACCAUCAUCGUCAAAGAGCCAUCCACCAGCAGCAGCGGGAAAAGCAGCCAAGGGAGCAGCAUGGAGAUCGACCCUCAGUCUUCGGAGCAGCCCGGGCAGCUCCGGCCCGACGACAGCUUGGGAGUGAGCAGUCCGUUCGCAGCAGCCAUCGCGGGGGCCGUGAGGGACAGGGAGAAGAGGCUGGAAGCCAGGCGCAAUUCCCCGGCCUUCCUCUCCACUGACCUGGGCGACGAGGACGUCGGAUUAACGCCACCAACACCACGCAUGAGGCAGUCCAAGUUCACCGAGGAGGCGAUGUUCAGCAGCGAGGAUGGUUUCAGACAGCUCAUGUCGCCGUCGCCGAUCCCCGCCCCCAGAGAGCCUGAAAACCUCUUUAACAGCAACGAGCCCAGCAACCAGAGCGACUCACGGACGCUGAACGCCCCGUCCAAAACGAAAGGAGCCGACAACAGCACGGCGGCAGCCAAGGCCGCCAGUGCUCCCGGCUCGGAUAGCUACGUGCACCCGGUCACAGGGAAGCUGUUGGAUCCCAACUCGCCGCUCGCCCUCGCCCUCUCUGCCAGGGACAGAGCCAUGAAAGAGCAGACGCAGCAGAUUCCAGGCAAAGGGGACGCUGUCAAAACCGACCUGAACAAACCGCUCUACAUCGACACCAAGCUGAGACCCAACAUGGAAACGACUUUUCCUGUUACCGCCACGGUCACCAGGCAAAACACCCGCGGCCUGUUGAGACGGCAGGAGACCGAGAACAAGUACGAGUUGGAUGCAGGGAAAGAGAAGAAAGCUGAGGAGAAGAAGAACAUGUUGAUAAACAUCGUGGAUACCUCGCAGCAAAAAUCAGCCGGCUUGUUGAUGGUGCACACAGUGGACACGGCAAAGUCGGACGACGUGCCCGAGGACGAGGAGGAGAAGGGAGCUGAGAUGGAGCCGAGCCCUGAAAACUCCCCGCCGGAGAGGCCGGAGGGCGGCGAGGAAGCGGAGAGCGAGCUGAGCGUCCCCGCCGCGCCCGAGCCCCCGGCGUCUCCCUGCAAAACCAUCGUGGCUGCCAGCUCUGUGGACGACCCCGUCAUCCUGCCUUUCCGCAUCCCCCCGCCGCCCCUGGCCUCGGUGGACAUCGACGAGGAGUUCCUGUUCACCGAGCCGCUGCCCCCUCCCUUGGAGUUCGCCAACAGCUUCGACAUCCCCGACGACCGCAUGGCGCCCGGCGCGGCGCUGACGGACCUGAUGGCGCAGAGGAAGAACGGCACCCCUUCUCCCAGCCAGCCGGCAAACUCCCUGGACAGCAAAAAGCAAGCGGGCCUCUCCAACUGUUUGCCUGCCUCCUUCCUGCCACCCCCCGACAGCUUCGACAACGUCACCGACUCCGGGAUCGAGGAGGUGGACAGUCGGAGCAGCAGCGACCAUCACCUAGAGACAACCAGCACUAUCUCAACGGUGUCCAGCAUCUCUACCUUAUCCUCGGAAGGGGGGGAGAACGUGGAUACUUGUACAGUCUAUGCAGAUGGGCAAACAUUUCUGGUGGACAAACCCCCAGUACCUCCGAAGCCAAAAAUGAAGCCCAUAAUCAACAAAAGCAAUGCACUUUACAAGGACGCGCUGAUCGAGGAAACUGUAGACAGCUUUGUGAUCCCUCCUCCCGCUCCGCCCCCGCCUCCCAUCAGUGCCCAGCCCAACCUGGCAAAAGUUGUCCCCCAAAGGACAUCCAAGCUCUGGGGGGACGUGCCGGAGGUGAAAAGCCCGAUUCUCUCAGGCCCCAAGGCUAAUGUCAUUAGUGAAUUGAACUCAAUACUCCAGCAAAUGAACAGAGAGAAAUCCUCAAAGCCGGGGGAGGGAUUGGAGUCGCCGACCGGAACGAAAACUGCGAGUCUCAGUACAAGGAGCACGGAAGUCAUGAGUACUGUCUCAGGUACACGAAGUACAACAAUCACUUUCACUGUCCGCCCCGGAGCCAGCCAGCCGAUCACUCUGCAGAGCAGGUCCCCAGACUAUGACAGCAGGACCUCAGGAGCAAGGCACGCUCCCAGCCCUGUGGUUUCACCGACAGAGAUCACUAAAGACAUCCUGCCUGCUCCUCUGACUGCUUCUGCUUCAGCCUCAUCUCCUUCUCCGACUCUGUCCGAUGUAUUUAGCCUACCCAGCCAGCCCCCUUCUGGGGACUUAUUUGGCUUGACCACAGGGCGCAGCAGGUCUCCUUCUCCCUCAAUAUUACAACAGCCAAUCUCAAAUAAGCCUUUUACAACUAAGCCUGUCCACCUGUGGACUAAACCAGAUGUGGCAGAUUGGUUGGAAAGUCUAAACUUAGGUGAACAUAAAGAAACAUUCAUGGACAAUGAAAUAGAUGGCACACAUUUACCAAAUCUACAGAAGGAAGAUCUGAUAGACCUUGGAGUGACUAGAGUUGGGCACAGAAUGAACAUAGAAAGAGCUUUGAAGCAGCUGCUGGACAGAUAAGAAUAGCUAUUUUGCCUCACAAACUUCUGUUGAUAACUAGAGAUGGGCUGGUACUGACAUACCCCAAAUGCCUUGUCUGUCUGCGAGUGCCAGCAAAUUUGGGGGGGAGGGGGAAAACAGAAGAAUUCCUGGUACUCAGGUGAUGCAGACUGUCUGCUACAUGCCCAAACACAAACCUAAAGAUGCUAAAGAAGUGGGGCCAUUUUAUUUCAAAGCUGUGGGGAGAUGUGAGAGAGAGACAAUUGUUAACUUUAAAACUCUUUGAUACUGCCCUUAGCCGGGACCGUCGCACGGCGAUUUUCUUUUAAAAUUGCAAACGUUUCAGGGUUUCUUUUACUGAAAGAAAAAAAAAAUUGCAUUUUAUUUUAUUCUCGUCUUGACAUUCAGUCUCCAGGCAGGCUUCCUUCCCCAGCCCUUGGUUCAUUUUAAGAGGACAGGUUGCUCCAUUACCACUCAAGCCAAGUUUUAUCGUAGCAGGGACGUUGAGGCAGGCACAGGAGUUCAUAUCCCUCUUUUUUUAUUCAGCUCCCUGAGCUGUCGGCAGUGAAGCUGGUUGUUCUGCUGGAGUCAGUCCCAAGGUAACCUUGCUCUGUUUUACCUGGUAUUUCUUUAUUUCUGCAGUGGUAUUUAGCACUCUUCCAAGGUGGCAGAACAAGUCCAGCGCACGCUCCGUUGACGUAGGACGGUGCAGACGUGGAGUAAAGGCCGAGCAAAGUGAAGCUAGUUUGAACCUGAGACCCCCCAGUUCUCAACCAGCUCAGCUGCUGCUGAGUCAAAAUAUGAACUCCAGCAGCCAGGACAGACUCUGGUGUGCAGGCACGGCUCUGGGACUUGGCAGUGGGGCACAGGAGAGGCUGAGCCCUGAGAGUGCUGUGUAAUUCAGUGAGUGGUAAGUGCCUGGGUAUUUGGAGCAGCAGGCCGAGAAGGAAGGAGAGGAGAGAUGAAUGUUCCCAUUGAAGUCCGUGGGAAGCGUGCCAGGAUCUGAAGUGAGACAGGGAUUUCAGCCUGUUAGGCAUGGGAAUGCUUCAGCUCGUGGAGAGGAGGCAGAGGGGCGAUGCCAAGAUGGAAAGAGCUCUGAGCGUCCCGGGGCGCACGUUCCGGGAGCCGGCAGGGCUGGGGAGGGAUCCAGGCUCUCAUCUCAUCGCUGCUGGCAGGAACUGGCUCUGGACAAGGACACGUCCCUUGGCACGAGAGGUGGGAGCACCCUGCCACAAUCCAGGGCUGGCAGCGGGGGCAGAGAAAACUUCUCCGGGAGACUUCGGUCAGCAGGGGAGAAACCCCCACGGCCAGUUCACACACGGCUUUGUUUUCAAAAAGAAAAAUUAUUAUUAUGGUUUUCUUCAACUUUCAGGUUAACAAGUCUCUCUCUGCAUGUUUGAACUCCCCCUUGUAAUUAACACCUCUGAAUAUCUGUGAGUUUUGUAGGAUUUUCUGGACAGAAUAUUCAAGAUGUUCGAGGUGGGUAAAUUGGGUGUGGAUGGCUAAACUGCCUCCCUACCAAACUUUCAGGUUCCCUUACAUUUUGCAAGGUACCUGAACUUUUCUUUCCUUGAUAUGGUCCUUGAUAUGGUCCAGCCUAUCUCUAAUUUUUUUAUUAUUGUGAUUAUUUUUUGCUCACAAACAAGUGUCUAAUUAGGUCUGCAACAGCCCUAGUAUGAGUACAUAAAGUUUAGCAUUUUAAAUAUCUUUCUUUACUGCAAGUUUAAAUAGUUGUACAGAUAGUUUAUAAGCACAAUAUUUUAAGAAAAUAAGUGGCUGGUCUACUGGGCAGCCUUUGUGCCACUUCAGUGCUAGGAAGUUAAAAACAGAAAAAAAAAAAAAACACAAACAAAAACAAAAAAAGAAAAAAGGAAAAAAAAACUUUUUGUGGUUUACUACUAUUUCUGUGGAAUAAUUAUAAAGUCUUGACCUUUUUAAAAUCAACCUCAUUUGGAUGCAUCUGAACCAGCAGAGCUGUGUUAUAUUUUCUAUCUUUGCUAGAACUUCUACAGAGGAGGAUGAAUAUUUCUUCAAAAGUGGUUACAGUUACCAACGCAUUGGAAACUCAUAAAAAUCAACUUACUUAAGCCUCCUGCCCCCUUUAUGGAACAGCAAAUCUUUGACUUAACAUCUGUUACUGCGCUCUGUGUGUACCUGGGGAGUAUUUCUGAUGAAAAGGAAGCCCCGAGGCGUUCUGCUGUCGGGGGGUGCUGGGUUUGUCCUUGGGAGGUGCAGAAAAUGGCAUUUCCACUCAGAUAGGUCGAUGCAGGCAACUUGAGGCCAUCACACACUUUAAGAAGUGAAAAGAGAACAAAAAACAAAAAAAAGGUAAUUUAGCCAUCGUUUGUCUUCCAUUUGGUGAUAACGACAGAAUUCAGUAAAUAAACCACUGAUGCCAUGCUCUCUCUUAUUUUAUUUUUUUUUUAAUUUUUGUUUGUUCGUUUCUUUGGGUACAGUCGCUAUUACCUCUAUAACACGUGCCAGAAAUAAGUUAGGAAAUAAACACAGUAGUGAAAGGAGAAGGUAGAAGUUGACUUUUAAAGCUGCUUUUUUUGGAUCACAACCUUCCUGUUGGCUGAACUUGCCCUGGGCAGUGACUCCCAGGUGAGCUGGUCCCUUCCUCACACAGGUGUGGCUCCAAGAGCAGGUCCAAAGCCAGCGGGAAAAGGGCAGGUGAAAGAGCUGGAAGGAAUAAUUUUAUUUUUCACGUUGUGCCCUGUGAAGCAAAAAGGUAAGGAGACCUGGGGGGGACCUACUUGGAGCACCGGAAUUCACCUCUGCCCAGUCGAGUUCGGUCUCCAGCUCUGAGGGGUGGCUUGAAACAAAAAAACAAAAAAGAAAGCAAUAGUAACAGAUAACGCCGUGGCCUCCGAGUAUUUUCACCAGGGGGGAGGAGAGAAGACCCAUUUCUUUCAUGCUACUCUGAUAGUGAAAAACAAAGUCGUUAGAGAUCUAGGAUAUUCUGGGUUUUAGGAUCAACUUUUGUUUAUAUACUGUAAUUUAAAUAAAUUGCAUUUACAUGCCUAGUUUCUGUAAUAUUUGUGUAUACAAUACCAAAACCUUACAAGAUGUAAAUUGUGUAUAACUGCACAGACUCCUUGCCCUAGGUGUCUGAGAACAUUUUAAGUUUAAUUCAUAUAUUAUAAAAUGACUAGAUGUGACUGUUGAUUUACAGAAUUUACAUAUCACAAAGAAGUUAAUUAUUUGUGGUACUUAAGUUAUUAAAAAAAUAGUGAUUAUUUUUUUCUUUUCCUCUCAGUUCUUAAAAAGCAUUACCCAGUUGAUCUGGCGAUGAUUAUGUGUAUGAGCCACAAAUAUUGAUAAUUUUUCCAUUACAUUUUUUCUUUUCUUUUCUAGAUAUUAAUAUGUUUCUCGCUAUAGUUUGUGUAACAACUUGUGUUCACGUUAUCUAUGUUGCUGUAAUUUUUGUGCUUUAAUUCCUCUUAUUUCGACUGAUUAAAAAAAAAAAUCAAGCUCCUGUAACUUGCACUUUUCCCCAAUCCUUAAUACUCUUGUAUGGCAACCAAAAUUACUGUAAGAAAUAAAUAUAAUAUUGCACUAAGGGUGUGGUUCUGAUUGCGAA